AUGGACUUUCAAAUGUAUAAUGAUGCCGAAAGGCAACAAAUUCAGAAAAUAAUUGAACAGAAGCAGAUGCGAGACUUUUUGAAAUUUUACACCAAUUUGGUUGAAAGAUGCUUUACCGAUUGUAUUAAUGACUUUACUUCGAAGGCUUUAACUUCAAAAGAGGAAACAUGUAUUGGCCGUUGCACCGACAAAUUCUUAAAGCAUAAUGAACGGGUAGGGCAACGAUUUGGUGAAUUAAAUCAACAAUUAAUGCAACAGCAGCAACAGGCCCAACAAUCUCAACCUCAGCAAAGUAGUG